AGCAUUGAUUUGAUGAAUGUACAGAAAGAAUUGAUCAGUUUUAAAGAUAAGCAUUAAGCCGGCCUAAACGUGCGGACUUUUGAGAUACAAAAAUUUGUUACACACUAAAUGUCAAAUAAAAGACUUCGUUGGUAAUAUUUGAAACCAACUGGCUGAUUACUGCUGUAUAGUUUGACCUUCAAAACUUGUUCAUUUACUUAAGCAAAUUAAAAAGCUAACAUUUUGCUGGUAACUAACGCUACCUUUAAACACGGGCAUUUUAACCAAUCUGCAAAUUCAGCUCGGCAAUAUAUUGCUCUUCAGGAGAUUUUUACUGUUUCAAUCAAGUCAAACUCAGCAAUUGAACAAAAAUGUCAAUUGUUCGUAUCACCUACUUCAAUCUCCAAGCGCUUGCCGAAUUCAAUCGGCUCCUGUUCGUCUAUUCAGGUCACGAAUUCGAGGACGAACGACUGGAACGCGAAGCAUGGCCCGCUCGGAAACCCGAGGCGCCUCUGGGCUCGCUGCCUUACAUUCGGCUCGAAAACGGCAACGAGUAUCCCCAGGCGACAUCUAUUGCUCGGUACUUCGCCGAGAAGUACGGCCUUCGGGGUAAAACGGAAGAGGAAAAACUGCACGCGGACGUUGUCGUCGACUUAGUGCGUUUCGACAUAAUUCCGUCGCUGACUAGAAUUUUCCUUGCUCAAGACGCGCAAAUGAAGGAAAUUCUAAAGAAAGAGGCGCAUGAGAAAAUUCCCGCUUGGCUUGAAAAACUCGAGAGUAACUUUAUCAAGGGGGAAAACACAGUUUUGGAGAGUGGAGCUUCAUGGGCUGAUAUUGCCCUGUUCAAUUGUGUCAACGACUUCUUCCCUGCGUUUGAAAUCAAAGUGGAUGAGAAAAACGUGAAAAUCAACAAAGUAGUCCAAAGUGUCAAGGCCAAUCCAAAAAUUGCCGCAUGGCUGGAGAAGCGUCCUAAGUGUGCUUUGUAAAACUCAGAAUACGAUGAACAUAACAAAAGGAGAAAUGACCGAUUAAACAUUUAAAGUUAUGUAAAGCACAUUAUUUGAUAACAAAAUACAAGACUGAUUGUAUAAAAACGAAAAAUUGAAUAUUACUAUUGCCUCUUAUUAAAA